UUGAAUUAAUCUAAUCCUAGAGGCUUUGAAUAUUAUUCCAAUUACAUUCUGAUAGAUAAUUUUAUUCUUUAUUUUUAGAAUAUUUUUUUAUAGAUUAACUUAAGAGUAUUAUUUUCCUGUUUAUUUUUUGUAUUUUUUUUUUUAAAAAAAAGAAUAAGCUCUUUUAUUUGGUUUUUUGAAUUGCUUAAUGUACACGUUAUUGAGCGGAUUACAUGAAUACCUCACACGAAGGGAAGAAUUUUACGUUAUCAUACUUGGACUUGAUAAUGCUGGUAAGACAACAUUAUUAGAACGAAUUAAAUCGAUAUUUUUAGGUGUAGUUGGGUUAUCACCUAAUAGGAUUGCUCCCACGGUAGGAUUAAACAUUGGAAAAAUAGAUAUAAAUCGAGCAAGACUGAAUUUUUGGGAUUUAGGAGGACAAAGAGAUUUGCACGGUAUUUGGGAAAAAUAUUAUUCAGAAUGUCAUGCUAUUGUAUUUGUAGUAGAUUCAACCGAUAAAGAACGUAUUGAAGAAUGUAAAGAAAUAUUUGAGAAGAUAAUUACCAAUGAUGACGUUGAAGGAGUUCCGAUAUUAAUGUUGGCUAAUAAACAAGAUUUACCAAAUUCAUUAAAGGUUGAAGAGAUUAAAGAAAUUUUUAACAAAAUUGCUUUAAAAUUAGGUGCUAGAGACUCUAGAGUUUUGCCUAUAUCUGCAUUAGAAGGGACUGGCGUGAGAGAAGCCGUAGAUUGGUUAUUUGUAAGAAUACAAAGAAAUAAGCAAAAUAGACCGCCUACAUUUAAGUGAUUUAAAAUAAUCUACGUUUAAAUAGUCAAUCUUAUUCAUUAGAAAGACAGAUAUUUUAAUUUUAAAUAAGAGAAUUAUUUUUUUUUAAUUGCGAGACAUUUAUAAAGUAUUACUUUUUAGUAUACUUUUUUCAUAUUCAGUAUAUUUAGUAUAUUUAUAAAAGUUCAUUAUAGAUUUCUUUUAUAGGAAACAAUUUAUUUGUAAUAUAUUUGAAAUG